ACUUGCUUGCCAAAACACUUCCGCUCAGCUCUCGCUGCAGCCCGUGCUGUCUUUCCCAGCCGAGUGGUCCGUGUGAGCGGCAAUCGCUGAAGUGUACGGCACGUAGAAAACGAAAUAAAGAUGGCUCCAAAGAAGGGAGACGCACCUAAGCCGCCCCCGUUGAUUGGACGCUUCGGGACGUCGCUUAAAAUCGGAAUUGUGGGACUGCCAAACGUCGGGAAAUCCACGUUUUUCAACGUGUUGACCAAGAGCCAAGCAGCAGCGGAGAACUUCCCCUUCUGCACUAUCGACCCCAACGAGAGCAGAGUGCCAGUACCCGAUGAACGCUUCGAGUUUCUCUGCCAAUAUCAUAAACCAGCCAGUAAGGUUCCUGCUUUUCUCAAUGUGGUGGACAUCGCCGGCCUGGUGAAGGGCGCACACUCGGGACAAGGGUUGGGGAACGCUUUCCUCUCUCACAUUAGCGCCUGUGAUGCCAUCUUCCACAUGACACGUGCCUUUGACGAUGAGGACAUCGUCCACGUGGAGGGCAACGUGGACCCGGUGCGAGACAUGGAGAUCAUCCACGAGGAGCUGCGGCUCAAAGAUGAGGAGAUGAUCGCGCCCAUUCUGGACAAGCUGGAGAAGACGGCUGUCCGAGGCAACGAUAAGAAGCUUAAACCCGAAUACGACAUCAUGGUGAAGGUGAAGAACUGGGUGAUGGAUGAGAAGAAACACGUGCGAUUCUGCCGAGACUGGAAUGACAAAGAGAUUGAGGUUUUGAACAAGUACUUGUUCCUCACAUCCAAACCCAUGAUCUACCUGGUCAACCUCUCCGAGAAGGAUUACAUCCGCAAAAAGAACAAGUGGUUGGCGAAAAUCAAGGAGUGGGUGGAUGUUCACGACCCGGGCUCCAUGGUGAUCCCCCUCAGUGGAGCGUUGGAGUCCAAACUAUUUGACAUGGAGCCAGAGGACCAGACAAAAUACUGCGAGGAGCAAAAGACGCAGAGUGUCCUGACCAAAAUAAUUAAGACAGGCUACGCGGCACUACAGCUGGAGUACUUCUUCACUGCGGGACCGGACGAGGUGCGAGCGUGGACUGUCCGGAAAGGCAGCAAAGCUCCACAGGCGGCCGGAAAGAUCCACACGGACUUCGAGAAGGGCUUCAUCAUGGCCGAGGUGAUGAAAUAUACCGACUUCAAAGAGGAGGGUACCGAAAAUGCAGUCAAGGCUGCAGGCAAAUACAGACAACAGGGUCGAAACUACGUGGUGGAGGACGGUGACAUCAUCUUCUUUAAGUUCAACACACCCAAUGCACCCAAGAAGAAAUAGGAAUGUCAAUAAUCAUUUUAAAGAAGAGAAUGCCAUCCACACUUUUUAUUUGACCAUACACAGAAUGCCUUCGAUCCGCUACGCAAUCAUGUGGACUGUCAAUGUUGCCCCAAAAAUCUCAGCCUGGUCAUCAAUAAAAUGUGACAAAACCCA